AUGUCGGCCCGGACGCCAUUGCCCACGGUGAACGAGCGGGACACGGAGAACCAUACAUCUGUGGAUGGAUAUACUGAACCUCACGUCCAGCCUACCAAAUCGAGUAGCAGACAGAACAUCCCUCGGUGUAGAAACUCCAUUACGUCCGCCACAGACGAACAGCCUCACAUUGGGAAUUAUCGUUUACAAAAAACAAUAGGGAAGGGGAACUUUGCCAAAGUGAAAUUGGCAAGGCAUGUCCUAACGGGGAGAGAGGUUGCUGUGAAAAUAAUAGAUAAAACUCAGCUAAAUCCUACCAGUCUACAAAAGUUGUUUCGAGAAGUACGAAUAAUGAAGAUAUUGAAUCACCCUAACAUAGUAAAAUUGUUUGAAGUUAUUGAAACAGAGAAGACCCUCUAUCUAGUCAUGGAAUAUGCAAGUGGGGGUGAAGUAUUUGAUUACUUAGUUGCCCAUGGAAGAAUGAAAGAAAAAGAGGCUCGUGCAAAGUUUAGGCAGAUUGUAUCCGCUGUACAGUAUUGUCAUCAAAAGUGCAUUGUUCACCGUGAUCUUAAGGCUGAAAACCUUCUCCUUGAUGCUGACAUGAAUAUUAAAAUUGCUGACUUUGGUUUUAGUAACGAGUUUACAGUCGGGAACAAAUUGGACACAUUUUGUGGAAGCCCCCCCUACGCCGCUCCCGAGCUUUUCCAGGGGAAGAAGUACGACGGGCCCGAGGUGGACGUGUGGAGCCUGGGCGUCAUUCUCUACACGCUGGUCAGCGGCUCCCUGCCGUUUGACGGCCAGAACCUCAAGGAACUCCGGGAGCGAGUCUUACGUGGGAAGUACCGCAUCCCCUUCUACAUGUCCACCGACUGUGAAAACCUCCUGAAGAAAUUAUUAGUGCUGAACCCCAUUAAGAGAGGCAGCUUGGAACAAAUAAUGAAAGAUCGGUGGAUGAAUGUUGGUCACGAAGAAGAAGAACUAAAGCCGUAUAGUGAGCCUGAACCGGAUUUCAAUGACACAAAAAGGAUAGAUGUCAUGGUCACCAUGGGUUUCGCACGAGAUGAGAUAAAUGACGCCUUAAUAAAUCAGAAAUAUGAUGAAGUCAUGGCUACUUAUAUUCUUCUAGGUAGAAAACCACCUGAAUUUGAAGGCGGUGAGUCAUUAUCCAGUGGCAACUUGAGUCAGAGGUCGCGGCCCAGUAGCGACCUAAACAACAGCACCCUCCAGUCCCCCGCCCACCUGAAGGUCCAGAGGAGCAUCUCGGCCAAUCAGAAGCAGCGGCGCUUUAGCGAUCAUGCUGGUCCAUCCAUCUCCGCUGCCGUGUCGUACACGAAGAGGCCUCAGGCCAGCAGCGUGGAGAGUGAGCAGAAAGAGGAGUGGGACAAGGACGGGGCUGCGCGCAAACUCGGCGGCUCGACCGUGGGGUCGAAGAGCGAGGUGACCGCCAGCCCACUCGUGGGGCCCGAGAGGAAAAAGGCGUCCACGAUCCCCAGUAAUAACAUAUAUGCUGGAGGAAGCAUGGCAAGAAGGAACACGUAUGUCUGUGAAAGGACCACAGACCGCUACAUGGCCCUGCAAAAUGGAAAAGACAGUAGCCUCACGGAGAUGUCGGCCAGCAGCUUGUCCUCCGCAGGCUCCGGCGUGGGCCCUGCCGUGCCCUCGGCCCGGCCCCGCCACCAGAAGUCCAUGUCCACCUCCGGCCACCCCGUCAAAGUCACACUGCCAACCAUCAAGGACGGCUCCGAGGCGUACCGACCCGGGACCACCCAGAGAGUGCCUGCCGCCUCCCCGUCUGCCCACAGCAUCAGUGCCAGCACCCCGGACCGGACCCGCUUCCCCCGCGGCAGCUCCAGCCGCAGCACCUUCCACGGGGAGCAGCUCAGGGAGCGGCGCGGCGCCGCCCACGCCGGGCCCCCCGCGUCUCCGUCCCACGAGAGCGGGGCCUUCGCCCACGCGCGGCGGGGCACGUCCACCGGCCUCAUCAGCAAGAUCACCUCCAGAUUCGUCCGCAGGGAUCCAAGUGAAGGCGAAGCCAGUGGCAGAACAGACACCUCAAGAAGCACAUCCGGGGACCCGAAGGAGAGAGACAAGGAGGACGGGAAGGACCCCAAGCCACGCUCCCUGCGCUUCACCUGGAGCAUGAAGACCACGAGCUCCAUGGACCCCGCCGACAUGAUGCGCGAGAUCCGGAAGGUGCUGGACGCCAACAACUGCGACUACGAACAGAAGGAGAGGUUUUUGCUCUUCUGCGUCCACGGCGACGCCAGGCAGGACAGCCUGGUGCAGUGGGAGAUGGAGGUGUGCAAGCUGCCGCGGCUGUCGCUGAACGGAGUGCGCUUCAAGCGGAUCUCCGGGACGUCCAUCGCCUUCAAGAACAUCGCGUCGAAAAUAGCCAACGAGCUCAAACUGUGA